CUGCCACGCCCUCCAUUUACUAACCUGCGCAGAUAUGCUCACUGCAUCCACCUUCCCACAAACUCCGACCACACCCAAUCACAGCCUUCCAUUUUACCUUCUCUCCCUAUCCUCCUCCGCGCAUUUUAGCCUCCAUCGGUAUCGCUUUUAUAAAUAAAAUAAAUAUCUUUUUAUCUGUUGGAUUUUUUUUUAUUUUAGCCAUUGGUAUCCCUUUUAUAAAUAAAAUAAAUAUCUUUUUAUCUGUUGGAUUUUUUUUUAUUUUCUUUAAAAAAAUAUUUUUUUAUAUUUUAAUGGACAAGAAAAAGCUGUUGAUUACGAAAAAAAUUAUUAUUUUUUUUUUUGCGAAGAAGGCUUUUAGAUUGCUUUUGCUCUGAUUUCUCGCUGCCGGGUCGGAUUUCUGCACCGCUCUCUGCUAACGUGCGCCGAACUCCGGUGAUCCCCGAAUCCGGCCGUUGAUUAUAUCAGAGGGUCCCGCUGGGGUCUUUGCGUAUGGACCGUCAUGAUCGACUGAGAUGAUGAGGAGCUGAUUUUUAUUUUUAUUUUUUUUUUCAAUUGUUUUUUGUUGGUUUGUCGGUUGUGGUUUGGGAUAAUGUGCGCCGGGGGUGAACACCUAAACAUCAGUUCUUUAACAGCUUUUCUAAGUCUUCUCCCUACUGGGUGUCUGUGGAAAUGUACGGACGGGUGGGUUUUUUGGAUUCUCCAAUGGAGUUUCUGACCACUCAGAACCCUAGAAUAUGAAAACCCUAACUGGUAGAUAGGAUAUUUUGUUAGAGGUUGUACCAAAAGGUCUUUUCAUGGAAGUGCUUUGAUAUUUGCUUCUUUUUCUUUAGUGGGUUGUUUUUUUUUUUUUUUUUUUUUUUUUUUUUUUUUUUUUGUGAUUGCAAGCUUUUGUUUAUGUGAGUUGGGACUGAGGAAUAGGGGAAGAGGUUGUGAUUUUGGGGGGGGUUUAUGUGGUGAGUACCAAGGAAUCUUGUUGUUGAUGGAAAUUUGAAGCUUUUGGACAGCGUUUUGAGUGGUUGGUUGGCUUAGCCAUGGAGGGUAAGGGGCUGAAUUUGAACAAGAACUGUGAAGGUGGGAGCACUGGCGGCGGAGGUGUUGGUGGUGGUGGUGGUGGUGGUGGAGGUGGAGGCGGCGGUGAUGGGUUCAUAGAUAGGAGCAAAGUUAGGAUAUUGCUUUGCGAUAAUGAUUCCGAAAGUUCCAAGGAGGUUUUCACACUUCUUUUGAGAUGCUCUUAUCAGGUGAUUUCAGUGAGGUCUGCUAGACAGGUCAUCGACGCAUUGAAUGCAGAAGGUUCAGAUAUAGAUAUCAUACUUGCUGAAGUUGACCUUCCAAUGACAAAAGGCAUGAAACUGUUGAAGUAUAUUACUAGGGAUAAAGAUUUACGACGCAUUCCUGUUAUCAUGAUGUCAGCACAGGAUGAGGUUUCUAUUGUUGUUAAGUGCUUGAGGCUUGGAGCAGCUGACUAUCUUGUAAAGCCGUUACGAACCAAUGAACUUUUGAACCUGUGGACACACAUGUGGAGAAGAAGGCGCAUGCUUGGACUAGCAGAGAAGAACAUCUUGUACUAUGACCUUGAGCUUGUGGCAUCAGAUCCUAGUGAUGGCAAUACCAAUAGUACUACUUUGUUUUCCGAUGACACAGAUGACAGAUCGCACAAGAGCACUAAACCAGAGAUGGGAAUAUCAGUUCCUCAGGAAGAUGAGUCUGCUGCUGCUACUGUAGCUCCUGCUGCUACUGUAGCUGCUGUUGCUGCAGCUGCCACUGCUGUUGUAGAACCUCCAUUCACCAAUUUAUUUGAAUAUCGGCCUGAUGUGCCAGGAAUUACUGAUCGCCGAACAGGGCAAUUUUGCAGUGGCCCAAAAAAGAGUGAGCUAAAGAUUGGCGAAUCCUCUGCCUUUUUUACCUAUGUCAAAUUAAGCACAAAAAACAACACUCAAGCAGUUCCCCAUAUUGAAGUCAAUGCCACUCAAGAUAUCAGGGCUGAUGGGAAACAUCAGGAACUUGAUAACCAAGCUCUUGAUGAUCCCCAUGUACAUGAAAAUGGAGAGGCACGGGAAAGCUAUUCACAGGGAGAUGACUUGCCAAGCAGUAGUAGCCUUCCAGAUUCGCUUUCAAUGGAAAGGUCUUGCACCCCACCUGAAUUGACAAAAUUUGUACAUGAAAAGAAUUUCAGGGAAGAUAAGUUCUCACAUGUGCCCGUGCCUCCUAGAAAUGAACCUCAACAUGAUGUUUCUGGGUUACCUGCACCGGUCGCUUAUCCAUAUUGUAUGUCUGGGGUUGUAAACCAAGUUAUGAUGUCAUCAACGCCACAAGCAUAUCAGAAGAAUCUUCAUGACAUGCAAAAUCAUGCUACUGCAUCGAUGAUGCCACAAUACAAUCAUCUUCCACAAUGCCCUCCUCAUGUAUCUGGGAUGGCUUCAUUCCCCUACUAUCCAGUCAGCAUAUGCUUACAACCUGGUCAAAUGCCAACUAACUCAUGGCCAUCUUUUGGAAGUUCUUCUUCUAAUGAAGUGAAAAUAAACAAAGUUGAUAGAAGAGAGGCUGCUUUGAUAAAGUUCAGGCAGAAAAGAAAGGAACGCUGUUUUGAUAAAAAGAUUAGAUAUGUUAAUCGAAAGCGCCUUGCUGAAAGGCGGCCUCGUGUGCGGGGACAGUUUGUGAGGAAGGUUAAUGGUGUAAAUGUGGAUCUUAACGGGCAACCAACUUCUACUGAUUAUGAUGAUGAUGAAUAUGAUGAUGAUGAGCUUGCAUCAAGGGAUUCCUCUCCUCAAGAUGGUGCAUCUGAGUACUAAUGUUUUAUGGCUUGUUAAUGAGGGAAAGAUGCUUAAUUCCUGGAUAUGGUUGCCAUUAUUUAAAAUUUGCUGUGGAGCGUCUGCAUCUUUAGAUGCUCUGCAUGUGGAAGAUUGGCAACUGAUGCUGCAUUAUUACAUGGAAGAAAGCAUCAUUAAAGGAACGCGGAUAAAGUGUGCCAUUUAAUUCCAAGAAUUAAUAUAAUCAAAGUGGAUCACAUCAUUAUAAAACAUCCUUUUGUAACCUCAGUUUCAGAAUUGCUCAGAAUAUGCACCACCUGAAGCGCUUCGAUGUUAUGUUCCACACUUAACAAUGGGCUUCGAUGUUAUGUUCCACACUUAACAAUGGGAUCGCAAGCAGAUUGUUCUCUGAAUCAUUUCCUUGUUCAAAAACCAGGCAGGUAAAAAUGGGUUAAUCUACCAACUAUUUUCUUAAGAAUUUUGAAAAGUUGAUAAAUACAAAAUAAGUUUUAUCUUGUGUGGAAUUUUCACUCAAAUUUUUAAAAUAUCAAAUCCCAUGUAUCUCUUUCCUUCAUUUUCUGUAGCUCGAAACAAAACAUUAAUUAUGCAUGUAGUUCUUACACCCUAUACAACAGACUAAGCAAAUUUCAGAGUUACAAGAUGUAUUUAAAUAUAUGGUAUGACCCGCAUGCGUGCAAUUCUAUUA